AUGCUGGCGGCACUUGUUGCUAUGUACGCGGUAACGAACAGUGUCAUCGGUUCAGUGAUAGUAGCAGCCACGGUCGGGGUGCGUCAGGGUAGCUCAACAUCUUGUCUGCUCUUUGUCCUGUACGUUAAUGACCUGAUUAAGAUUAUCAAAGAAAAUAGUAAUCCUGAUGGUUUCUUGUCUUGGCUACAUAUUUUAGUCCUAAUGGAUGAUACGGUGCUCCUUGCAACAACCAAAGAUAAUUUAAUCAAUAAAGUAACAUUGCUAAAACAGUACUGCGAUAGCUAUGGCAUGAAGAUCAAUGCAACAAAAACAAAAUUCUUUGUUAUAUGUGGUACAGAACACGACAGAGAGGCAGUAAGUGUAGAUGACCUGGUGGUGGAGUCGUGCGCACAGUACACCUAUCUUGGCUCACCAUUUACAGCUGAAGGUUCCGUGUCAGCGGCAGUCGCGGCUCACAUGCAGGCAAAGAUGGCACACUUUAACAAAUUUGUUUUAUUCUUAAAGAAGAAUUGUGACUGGCCCUUUAUCGUAAAGAAGAGAAUAUUUGAUGCUGCUCUCAUGUCAGCCGUGCUGUAUGGGUGUGAGUCGUGGCUGAACGCUGACUUAAAACCAGCCACAAAAAUCUACAACUGGGCAUUAAAACAGCUACUUGGAGUUAGGAAGACCACCUGCAAUGAUAUGUGUUACAUUGAAUCUGGAUAUCCACCUUUAAAAGAUCUUGUACGAAGUAGACAAAGAAAGUUCUUCACUAAAGUGUGGCGAGAAAGAUCUGUAAUGAAUGACGAUCCCCUAAUACGGAAACACAUGUGGUACAAGAUUGUCCUAGUACACAACAUGUGA